AUGGAACGUCAAUGUUUUCAUUGGUCUUCACCUGCAGCUGCUUCAAUUCGCUUUCAUAGCACACAUACAAGGGCUUCUCAUAAAGAAACGGCUCAGCAUGAGUCUUCCACUGACCCAGAGCAACGUAUUCUAAUCCAAGCCAUGAAUCAUGUACCAAAAUAUGGAUGGACCAUUGAUGCUGUGGCAGCUGGUGCAAUGGAUCUUGGCUAUCCCUCAGUUGCUCAUGGUAUGUUUACGCGUGGAGCUUUUGAUCUCGUGGAGUACUUUAUGGAUUCAUGUCUUGCCAAGCUGCGAAAGACAUUGAUUAUCAAUACGGACAAGUUACAGGCCAUGACUGUGGCAGAACGUCUCAAGUUUGGUAUUCGCACACGUCUUGAAAUGCUGAAUCCAGUACUUGAUUCGUGGCCGCAGGGCAUGGCGCUUGGUGCCUUGCCACAGAACGCACCUAGCACUGCAAAAAGACUGGCACAGCUGUCAGAUGAAAUUUGGUACUUUGCGGGUGACAAAUCCACGGAUAUGUCCUGGUAUACCAAACGUGCUAUCCUCGCGGGAGUUUAUACCAGCACCGAGUUAUUCAUGCUCAACGACAAGUCGACAAAUUUUCAAGACACAUGGGCAUUCCUGGACCGCCGUAUUGACGAAACGAUUCAACUUGGAGACAUGCCCCAGAACCUGAAUGAUAUGGUUGGUAUGGCCGGUGUAGGGCUGCAGUCGAUGUUUUCGGCUGUAACGUCACUUACAGGUUCGUUAGUUGGACAAGCGAUUUCCAACACGCCUUUAAACAAUAUUCCUAACCCAAUUACGGCUCUGGGAAGCGUAGUCCCGCCGUCGAUAUUUUCGUCUAUCGUAUCUGGAUUGCCAUUUACCGCCCCUACUUUCGUAGGUAGCGUUGAACCAGAGAUCGAUGCUAUGGCUUUCAAGCCUAAGGAUAUGAAGGCGAUUAACGAAGAGCUGGGAAAGUUUGGUGGCGUUGACACGAGUGAGCAACGAAAUUAA